AUGCGCCACUACAAACAUGGACGAUGUGAUCCUACAUACUCACUCACCAUGCAGUCUCGCAAGUUAGUGGGUGCCUUGGCAUCAUGCAUUGGCCCGGAUGACACAAUCAAAUACACUUCUGACCUUCUACAAUUGUUCCAUGUUGCCUUUCUGGAGCACAGAAGCCUCAUCAGAAGCACCAAAACUGGUCAAGGUGUUGGUCCCCACCUAGCUGCCCUGCGUCGAUUAUUGCCAUCUGACAACCCAUUGAAGAAGUUCCUGAACCCCUUUGGAUGUCCGUCUGUGUACCUCACAGGCACAGAUGUGAUGGAGGGUGUGGAGUGUGGAGUAGGGAAUGUUUAUGCACAAGAUCAGCUUGCUGUGACCUACCUUGGAAAGAGAGACAAGGUUCGCAUUGUGCUUAAUGGCAAAGGGAGCUUUGCUCUGGCACUGCAGAAACUUCAAGAAAGUCUGAAGAAGAACCUAAAGUUAGUGAUGCUUCUUGCUGUUAGAUAUGCCAUUGCAUACCAAAUGGGAGCCCUGGAGUGUCCACUGAAACAGGGUCAAACAGAGAAAAUGAAUGGAGAGAGGGAUCCCUGCCCCACAUGGCCAGAAAAUGGCAUGAGCCCAGACUGCACUCUGCUGAUCCAUGGUGGCGCUGGAGAGGAGAUGAUGCUGAACACCGAAGUGAUUGGGGUUAUUGAGUUUGCUCUGCAGACAGCCUUAACCCUUGGAUCCCAAGUGCUUCAACAAGGUGGCAGGAGUCUGGAUGGAGUUCAGAGGUCAGUGGAAGCUCUGGAGGACUGCUUUCUGUUCAAUGCAGGAAAGGGUUCAGUAUUCAACAAAGAUGGCAAAAAUGAAAUGGAAGCAACCAUUGUAGAUGGUAAUGAAAAGAGGUCAGGAUCUGUUGCAUGUGUGCAAAGUGUGAAGAACCCAAUAAAAGCAGCCAGAUGUGUCAUGGAGAAAAGCUCUCAUUCACUCAUUGUGGGAGAUGGGGCUGAGGAGUUUCUGCAAGGGCUGGAAGAGAAAGAGAAGCCUGUUGGGCCUGAGUAUUUCUACACUGACAUACGUCACAGAGAGUUGACUGCGAAGCUAAGCGCUGGAAAUACCUCAAAAAACAAUCACCCUCAGACAGUUGGAGCUGUGGCUUUGGAUCGCUGGCAUGGGGUGGCUGCUGCAUCCUCCACAGGUGGGUUAGUAGGAAAGCUGAAAGGGCGAGUUGGGGACACAGCAGUAGCAGGGGCAGGAAUAUAUGCUGAUGACAAGGUAGCUAUUACCUGCUCUGGAGAUGGAGAUGUAUUUCUGAGGCACACUGUGGCACAGAAAAUAGCCAGUCUUUACCAUCACAAAGGCUAUAACCUCAGGCAGGCAUGUAGAGAAGUGAUGGCUGAAACUCUGAAUGGGAUCUGUGCAGGGAUCAUUGCUGUGGACGCUAAAGGUGAUGCCAUCAUUGAAACAAAUGCUGGCGUUAUGUUUGUGGCCUCAAUGGUGAACGGCAUUUCACGAGUAGAGGUCCUCAGGCCCCAGAAGAGCUUCUCUGAUGUGAUCUGGGAAACAGAUGAGCUGGUUGCCUACCUUGAUCCCAAGCCCUGGAUGCCUGGGUCAACUAUUCUGAGUAGAAAAACUCUUAGUGGGGCAAGCAGCAUCUUCCAGUUGGCUACACCCGAUUUUGUGGCUAUGCUACAAGGAGCAAGGGCUGUGUCAAGCUUGUUAUGUGAGCGAUUGGGAGUCCAGCGCUGUGCUUUAGUUUUCAGUCCCACCUCUGGACAGCCAGCACAAAUCAGACUCCUCCCGCUCCAUGGCUUAGAGCCAAAGUGGCAACCCCUUCUUUCCAAUGAAGAAGAAUUCCACACUCAUGAUCCUGGCUACUGCACCUCAAAGAGUGGCCCACGCUGGGAUGAUGAAGCACUGGCCCAGGUUCAAGCCAAGAUAAGGUCCAGACUGCCAACACCAAACGCCCCCUCUUGCUUUGACUUUUUUGGAGACGCUUCCCAUGAUCACCUAUUCAGCCGUAUUGUACGUGGAGAGCAGCAACAGUGGAGAGUGUGGGAGGACAAUGAGCAUGUUGCCUUCCUCACACCAUGCCCAAACUCUCCUGGGGUGACUAUUGUGGCGCCACGCAAACCGCUUUCUAGUGACGUCUUCAAACUAGAGGAUGCUGACUUCAAAGCACUGAUCUUAGCCACUUAUAAAGUUGCCGGACUACUGGAAGAGGGGAUGAGAGCUCGAGGUAUUGCGCUGAUCUUUGAGGGUUUUGAGACUGACUAUGCUCAUGCCAAGUUGAUCCCUCUGUUACCUUCAACAGAUGGCACUAUUCCUGCUGAGCAGCAACCAGAACACUUCCAAACCUACCCUGGAUAUGUGUCAUCACUGGAUGGCCCAGCUGCUGACCCUGAGGCCCUCAAGAAGAUGCACUCCAAAAUUACUCAGUGCAGGCCACCUCGUUCAUGGGAAGACCCUCAGUCUCACUCCACACUUGCCAUCAAGAGCCAGUGGUAUCGCAACCUGUUCCAGAUUCAAAACACUCUUUUCCACAGCACAGUGGAAUACUUCCACAGUUCCUGUCAGUACUCCUAUGCUCUGACCCCUCUCACCACAGACACCAUCUCCUCACCAAUGGGUCUGGGAUCUGACUCAGAACCAGUUUCUGUUAACCUGCUGGGCCAGAACAUCUACCUGGCGGAUUCAAUGCAAUUUGUACUUGAAUACUUCCUUCGCUUCCAGGACAACCUGCCAGGGACGUACUACAUAUCUCCAAGCUUUAGAGGGGAGGAUCCUGAUGCCACACACUUGAACCAGUUCUACCACGUGGAGUGUGAGCUGUUGGGUGACAUGGACAAUGCCAUGUCCAUAGCAGAAGGAUACGUGGCUCAUCUUACCAAGUCUAUGUUGAAGAAGCACUCUGAUUUAAUCCUCAACACUGCCGGGACCCUGACACAUGUCACAGCCAUGUUGAGUAAGCUGGAUGGAAAAACCCCACUGCCAAGAGUCCCUCUAGACCAGGCCAUUCCCAUGAUGCCCUCUGCUGACUGCGUAGAGUGGGUCCAAGAUGGCCAGCCCCAGUUUGGCAGAAAACUGACACGAAAAGGAGAGCGGGUCUUGAUAGAGAAAUAUGGUGGUGCUGUUUGGCUGACAGAGAUGGACCAUCUGGGAGUUCCCUUCUACCAGGCAUAUGUGGAGGGCACUGGGCAGUGCAAAGCCAAAGCUGCUGACCUUCUCCUGGGGUUGGGUGAGACUGUGGGUCUUGGUGAACGUCAUUCCACACCUGAAAUGGUGCAGGAGGCCCUCAGGCAUCACGCAGUACCAGAGCAGUCCUACAAAUGGUACAUUGACAUGCGGCAAGUGAAACCACUCCUUACCAGUGGGUGGGGCAUGGGGACUGAGCGCUACUUGUGUUGGCUGCUUCAGCAUGAUGACGUCAGAGAUUUACAUAUCAUUCCUAGGAUGAAAGGAAUGAAGUACAUGCCCUGA